GACGCGGCAUUUUCGGAAAAUAGCGCCCUGUGCAGAGAAGCGCUCUGUGUGUGGCGGGGCCGCGUCAGCCCUGCCGGCUCCGAGGCGCCGCGGUCCCCGCACCUCCUCCCGCUGCUCCCCCGCCGCCGCUCCCGAAGCUUUUCCAGAUGUCCCUGGUAGAUUUGGGGAAGAAGCUUUUAGAAGCGGCACGAGCAGGUCAAGAUGAUGAAGUUCGUAUUUUGAUGGCAAAUGGAGCUCCUUUUACUACAGACUGGCUGGGAACUUCUCCACUUCAUCUGGCCGCACAGUAUGGGCAUUACUCUACCACAGAGGUACUCCUCCGAGCCGGUGUAAGUAGGGAUGCCAGGACCAAAGUGGACCGGACACCACUGCAUAUGGCAGCUUCUGAAGGCCAUGCCAGCAUAGUAGAGGUUUUGCUUAAGCAUGGUGCUGACGUCAAUGCAAAGGAUAUGUUAAAGAUGACAGCUCUGCAUUGGGCAACAGAACAUAACCAUCAAGAGGUGGUGGAGCUUUUAAUCAAAUAUGGUGCUGAUGUACACACGCAGAGUAAAUUCUGUAAAACUGCAUUUGAUAUUUCAAUAGACAAUGGAAAUGAAGAUUUAGCAGAGAUAUUACAGAUUGCUAUGCAGAACCAAAUUAAUACCAACCCGGAGAGUCCUGACACUGUGACAAUACACACUGCCACACCACAGUUCAUCAUUGGACCUGGAGGGGUGGUGAACCUAACAGGUCUGGUAUCUUCAGAAAAUUCAUCCAAGGCAACAGAUGAAACGGGAGUAUCUGCUGUUCAGUUUGGGAACUCCUCUACAUCAGUAUUAGCUACAUUAGCUGCUUUAGCUGAAGCGUCUGCCCCGUUGUCCAAUUCUUCAGAAACUCCAGUAGUGGCCACAGAGGAGGUGGUUACUGCAGAAUCUGUGGAUGGUGCAAUUCAGCAAGUAGUUAGCUCAGGAGGUCAGCAAGUCAUCACGAUAGUUACAGAUGGAAUCCAGCUGGGAAACUUGCAUUCCAUUCCAACCAGUGGAAUGGGCCAGCCCAUCAUUGUGACCAUGCCUGAUGGACAGCAAGUAUUGACCGUACCAGCAACAGACAUUGCUGAAGAAACUGUCAUCAGUGAAGAGCCACCAGCUAAGAGGCAAUGUAUGGAAAUAAUUGAGAACCGGGUGGAAUCUGCAGAAAUUGAAGAGAGAGAAGCUCUUCAGAAACAGCUGGAUGAGGCAAACCGUGAGGCACAGAAAUACCGACAACAGUUACUCAAGAAGGAGCAGGAGGCAGAAGCCUACAGGCAGAAACUGGAGGCCAUGACACGCCUCCAGACCAACAAAGAAGCUGUCUAGCCACCGAGAACAGGAGUUUGACUUUACCUUUUGUCCAGAAUGAAUGCAGUCUUGAACUGUACACAAUAAGGACACAGCCAUGGAAUACCGAAUAAUAGAAAAUACUACAGAUUGAUAAUGGGACUUAAGCCAUGAGCUCUGAAUUCUUGUAAUAUAAAAAAAAAAACUUUAGAACUUGUGAUAUGUAUUUAAAACUGAAUUCUGUAAAUAGUUUUUUGGUUGUUUCUUUUUUUACAGUUACAAAUGAGUUGAUAAAAGAUUGUUGAGAUCCAAAAAAAAAAAAAAAAAAAAAAAAAAGAAAGAAAGAAAGAAAAAAAAAAACCACAGUAAAGCACUGUUACAGGCAACUCUUCUUGAUUUGGGUACAGACUUCAUUUCUCAGAAACAGAAGUGUUAAGGGUGGUUGUUGUCGGUUAGACCAAAUGUGUAAUAAUUAUGGUGGACUGAUACUGGAAAUAACUCUGCAAAGAGAUUUCUCCCAGGAACUUUUGUACAGCUUUUAAGUUGUCUCAGGUUCUCUGAAAACAUUUUUUAGGAAGCAGAAAUUUUAUAUUUGUUCAAUUUCAGCUACACGCAAGUAGAUUUACAUGUAUAUGAAGCAAAUAUUUUUAAAAUUUUGUUUGUACAUAUUCUGCAUGUUUCAUGAUUUUAAAACACAUCACUUGCUUAGAUAUGUUUCCCACAAAGACGAUGAAAGUUACCGAGAAAUAUAAAAGGCACCACUGUUGUGUUGGUCACCGAAAGUUAGUAAGCUAGCAAUGGUUUUACUGGCAACCAUGACAAUGUUCUUGGAAGGAGCAGCUUGCAAGAGAACUUGAAUCUGGAAAAAAUCUAUGCUGUUUGGAAAAUCCCAUUGUGGGGACGUGAGACUGUACUCUGUGCCUUCCAUCAUGAUUCCCACAUACGCACUUUGAGGCGCUGGAUUUUAAGAUAAUGUUUUUGGCAAACUCAGUGCUUUGGGUUUCUAAAAUAUUUCAUGGACUUACCCCCCCCCCCCAAGAAAUUAUUCUUAUGAAAAAUUGCUUUUGUAUGUAGAACAGAAACUUUUUGUACUCAGUGAUGCUAUAGAUACGUUUAAUGUCACUUUCGCUGUUCCCUGUGAAAGCUCCAGGCCUUGUUGCAACUCAGUCUCAUCACACUGUGUUGUCCGUUCCACCGUGUGUGGACAUUUGACAGAGUAUUCCAUUCUUUUUUGUAAAGUGUAACUUCAAGCUCUUUAUUUUUUGUUUUGUUUUUAUUGCUUUAUGAAAAUGUUUAACCCCAAAACUACUCUAGAUUAUCUGUAUAAAGAACCAAUUACCUUCAAGACUGUACUCUGGCCUCCUUUUCUAUUUUACAAUUAAAUAACUUUCCACAUA